UAUAUGAAAAUAAUUUGCCGGGAUAAUGUUUGGGCCAAUUCACCACAUCGUGUGAGCAAAUGCCAUAUUUUGAUUCUAAAAUCUUAGUCCACACAAUAACCAGUUACUAUAGCAGUCAGAACCAGUUCCUAAAAAUGGUCCAUAUACAGCACCUAACUCCCCACUUCUAGAUUGUGCCCUCAUUCAACUCAUAAAGUAACAUGAACAAAAUAGAGCUGUGACAGUCAUAUGAAUAGAUCCGACUACAGUGGGAGGAACCUAAUUGUCCUGUACCUUCUUCUCAUUCUAUGCACGUCCAAGUCAGCAGAGUAUUGCAUAAUGUAACAGAAGAGGAGUGUUGCAUAAUGACAGUCUGAACUGGACUUGCUGCAUGAUGGAUCAGCGGACGCCAUUCUUCCGUUGAUGCAAGACUUAAAAAUAAAUAAAUAACCCUCAGAAUUACUCAAAGAAUCACUUGUACCGUUAUAAAAAGCCAAUAACGUGCAAUAAACCUAUUGCCAAAUCCUUUAAUUUGCGCUCUUGUAAUAUGACAGACUGGGACAACAGCCAAUCAAUGUUUGCGUGGGCGGGGCUUAUCUUGAGAAUGAGCCAAUCCCUGAACACGAGAGAAAACCCUCCCGUCAAACAACGGCUGCAUUGGAGGGCAGCUCCACUACAUUGCAAUCAGUGUAGUGACAUGUAGCGAUAGCAGCUCGUCCUCAGCACUAAAUUAGUGACCUAGAUUUUCACCAGAGAUGUGGUUAAAUGUUCCGGUCGGGUGUAUAGAAGUCAUCCCCUUCUCCAUGUUGAACACAGACAGGCCCUGGAGCUAACUCGCGCUUUACGGGGGCGUUCAGCCUACAGCAAAACUUCUUGCAAGGACUUUGUUCAGAGUUUAAAUUCACGCUAAACUCGCUAAAAUGGAGAUUCACGAAGGGGCAGCGGCGGCGGCGGCGUCGGGCGACACCGUGCUCGACUUCUCCCGUUUGAAUCUGAACACUUUGAACGUUGACAGUGUCAGCGACGAGAGGAAAAGGGACACUAGGCAGCUCUACCUGAACUACAACCGGCUGGCCUCGCUCCCCUCGUCGGUCAGCCUUUUCUGCAACCUCGAGUUUUUGGACAUCAGCAACAACAGACUGUCGGCCAUCGGUGAGGGCAUUACUCGGCUGACCAGGCUGAGGACGCUGAUAGCCAAGAACAACCGUCUGGACGAGUUCUCGCUGCCCAAAGAGUUCGGCUCUCUGCAGCUGGAGGUGUUGAACUUCAGUGGGAACCGCUUUGAGGAGAUCCCGCUUCAGUGUAUGAAACUGCUGCGUCUGCAGUCGCUCUCCCUCGGUGGAAACCGACUGAAAAGUAUACCUGCAGAGAUAGAGAAUUUAACCAGUUUGGAGCUGUUGUAUCUUGGUGGGAACCUCAUCACAGCCAUUCCUCCAGAAGUGGCUAACCUGCCUUACCUCAGCUACUUGGUGCUAUGUGACAACCGCAUCCAAAGCGUUCCCCCGCAGCUCACCAGACUCCACUCACUGAGAUCCCUAAGUCUUCACAACAACUUGCUCACCUACCUGCCAAGAGAAAUCCUCAGCCUGGUGCACCUGCAUGAGCUCAGUCUCCGCGGUAACCCACUGGUGGUGCGCUUUGUCAAAGAGAUGACCUAUGACCCUCCGUCGCUGCUCGAGCUGGCAGGACGCACCAUUAAGAGCCGAAAUAUUCCCUACUACCCCCAAGACCUGCCCUCAAACCUGCUUCGCUACCUUGACCUUGCCAGCAAGUGCCCAAACCCCAAAUGUGCCGGCGUCUACUUUGACUCAUGUGUGCGCCAGAUCAAAUUUGUGGACUUCUGCGGAAAGUACCGGCUGCCCCUCAUGCACUACCUGUGCUCCCCAGAGUGCACCUCUCCCUGCAGCUCCAACCCACAGAGCGACGCGUCAGAGUCGGAGGACGAGAGCAGCGUGCCCGCUUACCGACUGCAGAGAGUUCUUCUGGGAUAGUCCAGCAUGGAAGAGCCUCUGGCCAAGCCUAGCCUUAUCCAUCUGCCACUGUGUUCAACACUUCUACAAACUGCUGUCAGACUUAGACACACAUACACACACACACACACACACACACACACACACACACACACACACACACUGUUUUACAGACAGUGGCUGUAUGUAACGCACAAAAUGUGAGACUGCGGUCCUUCCUCCCAUGGCCCUGAAAACAGGAAUGGAAUGGAAACGGAUCCCUUCCCUCGCUCACCACGCAUUACUCCACAUAACAGGAGUGCUGGAACAUUCAUAUUCCCCAUGUAGCUACGCAAUGAUGAUCCAAGUGCUGGUCUCAUGGUCAGGCAGAAGAGGGCAGUAAAGUUUGGCAGAGUUUGGAGGAGUGGCAGAACUCCUUUUCUUUUCAAGGCUGCAUACUUUAUCUUUCACACUUUUUCAAUACUUGGUGCUCAUUUAUUAGCUACAGCACAUUAUUCUGAAAGUUUGUGUUUGUUAUCUACUGGUGGCGCACAGCUAGCUUUCAUUCAAAUUUUCUGACCAGCUGAGCAUCAAAGCUGCUAGGAGAAAAAAAAAGUCUGGGAUGUUUUAAGUCUUUCAGCAGAAACUAUGGCGUUAGUUUUACACUACAGCAUUCUAAAUUGAUUGUGCACAGUGACAAUCAAGGUUAAUCUGUUUUUGGUCAGAAAAAUGUUGACAUGAUGGCAGAUCAGUUUUAUAUUAACCCAGAAUAUGGGUUAGGUGUGUGUGUGUGUGUGUGUGUGUGUGUGUGUGUGUGUGUGUGUGUGUGUGUAUAACUUGUCCAGACUUGCUCACAGGAAGUGGAUGUGGGGCGGACCGGGGGAAACCAUUCACCGUGUUAGCGCAGAAACAAUAGCUAUUCUGCAAAACCCAGCAGCAGCCGUCAUGUUUAUGUUGAGGGCUGUCGGUUUUCUCAGAGCAUAAGAAUACAGAUGUGUGUCAAUGGAGCCCACAGCCAGAGAUGGCUGUUUUUUUGUUUGUUUUUUUGUCCAUACUGAUUCAUUUUGAGACAGAAUUCCUUCAUUUCAAACAGGAAAUGACUGUUUCUGUCCCUGGUCACAUUGCUGCUUCUUUGGAAAGCAGCCUUCCAGACAGUUUGUAUCCAUUACUGAGGAGGAAAACCUCCUGCUGUCUUCAAAUUUUAGACCUUAGUGUUUAGAAAACAGAAGAACAAUCUUCUAUGUUACAGUAACACCUAUACUAGCAUUUAAGUGCCUUACUAAUGGUGAUUUCUAACACAGGAAAAAAAAACGAGUAUGAAGAAAUGUGAUAUAUGCACCCUGAAAUGUGACAAUAAUUAUGAAGUCCUUUUUUGAGUGAUUUUGUACUUACCAGCUUACAAUAAACAGAAAGUAACCUUUUUUAUGUAUAUAUAUAUAUAAAAGAAUAAACAGCUUUUGUAGGAAUCCUUUAUCAAAUGUUAAACUCAAUACAUAUUUAAAUUACCUGCAGUAUAGAUGGCACUUAAGCAGAAAAUCUAUUGAGAAACAUUAAUUGUAUGUACUUGUAUUUCAUUCAAGUAAUGUAAGUAGACUGUACAGUAUAUAAUAUCAACAAUAAAGACUGAUUUUAAUAUC